GCUCUGCUCCGGUGCCAUUGCUUGCUUCCUCGCUCUCUCUCUUCCUCUCCCUGUCCGUCGAGCCCCAUCAACAGAGCUUGGCAAUUGAACCGGCAAUGGCGGCCGCGGCGAUCUGCAGCCUCUUCAUUAUCAACAAAUCGGGAGGUCUGAUCUAUUACAAGGACUAUGGAUCGGCGGGAAGGAUGGACACGAACGACAGUUUGAGAGUGGCAAGCCUGUGGCACUCCAUGCACGCCAUCUCCCAGCAGCUCUCCCCAACCGUCGGUUGCUCCGGCAUCGAGCUCCUCGAGGCUGACUCUUUCGAUCUCCACUGCUUUCAAUCCCUCACCGGAACGAAGUUCUUCGUUGUGUGUGAACCCGGGAUGCCGCACAUGGAUGCUCUGUUGAAAGUCAUUUACGAGCUUUACACGGACUAUGUCUUGAAGAACCCCUUUUACGAGAUGGAGAUGCCAAUCAGAUGCGAGCUCUUCGACGUCAACUUGUCCCAGGCAGUUCAGAAAGACCGCGGAGCUUUUCUGGGAAGAUGAUUCCAAGAGGGAGCUUCAUUCCCAUCACCAAUCACCUGAGGCAUUGUCGGGCGAUUUCUUUCUGGGAGUUCAGGGGGCUGGGGUGACCGAGCGAUCAAGAUGCAUCGAGCAAUGGGAACCUAUGUUCAGGCCACUUGGGAUAAGCACGCUUGUACAAGCUCAUGCACACGGUGUCAUGCUGCUGUAGCCCCCCGUUGAACACGCACUUCAUUGCCCCUGCAAUCAUCGCGCCACAUCAAUGAUCAAUUAGUGUCAAGGGUCGAUGUUAUAGAUGAUAUGUUCCGCACAAGAACAGCAACUUAAACAAGGGUUGUAUCUGUUUGGGCCCA